AUGAUGCAAUGGUCCAUUAUAUCCGUCACUACUGCCACAGUACAUGAUGACUCAUAUUCACGCUUCCGUGGCUUUUCGAGUGACCGCUACGUUCUCCAGGAUCGCGCUCAUCCCGAGCACGUUGUGCCACUGGUGAUUGGAUUAUAUCCAGGAGACUUCAAAGCGCUGGAACGAGCGUUCUACGAUGUCUCAAACCCAACACAUGCGCAAUACGGUCAAUACCUUGCUCAAAAACACAUUGAUCACCUUUCACGACCAUUAGAUGGAGCGCUUGAGGCGGUGCGCGCGUGGGUCGCAAAUGUUUCACACGAAAACAGUACAGGGACAUUUUCGGUCACGUCAAAUCUGUUUAAGAUCCCGAUAAAGGUAAAGCAUAUUGAAAGACUGCUAGAAACGGAGCUUUACAGCUACAAAGCAAAAGAGGUGGAAAGUGGAGUAUCGUCGUUGAGACAGCGGAGGUUAAUGCGAGCAUCGACUGCUGUGUCAGUGCCAGAUCAUCUAAAGGAUGUUGUGUCGUUCUUGAGCGUAAACACACAUCCACUGGGACUGCGAGCGCUUGGAGCUACUUCUUCACAAGUAACAGAUACGAACAACAGUCAAGGAGAUACUUUGGCAUUGAUUCGCCAGACAUACGGUAUCCCCCACGACCUCGUGGUGACAAAUCCAGGCAAUACGCAGUGCGUGCCGUCCUUCUACAAUGAGUCGUAUAAUCCGGACGACUUACAUGCCUUUUUCACGCAGUUUUUACCAGGUGAAAGCCCUCCACAAAUUAUUCAAAAGGGUGAUCGAGUCAACCGCCCUGAAGAAGCUUCCAUGGAGGCGACAUUAGACCUGCAAUUCAUCACAGGUGUUGGCCGCAACGCAACGACAUUUGUGUGGACUAUGAAUGGCAGCAACCCGUACUCAGUGGAAGAUGAACCGUUUGUUGAGUUUGCUGAAGACGUGCUAACACUGGCAAACCCUCCAUUUGUGGUUUCAAUUAGCUACUCAGAUGACGAAGAGCACAUUUUCAAUGUCUCAGCAGGCUACGCGCGCACCUUGGAUACUCUUCUUAUUAAGAUGGGACUGCGUGGAAUGACUGUGCUCGUAGCUAGUGGCGAUGACGGUGCGAGGGGGUUGCGCCCUGUAUUUGAAAAGGUGCCAGUAGAAGACAUAUGCAAGCAAAGUGGUCCGCAGUGGCCGUCGUCGAGUCCAUACAUCACCACAGUCGGUGCCACGAUGCUUUUAACAAGCGCGCAGCAAUCGAUAAAGCCGUUCUUCCGUACAAAGGAGGAAGUGGUCUGCAGCGUUGAAUACGGCGGAGUUAUUACAAGUGGUAGCGGUUUCUCCAGCAUUUAUCCGACUCCAGAAUACCAACUCACAGCGGUCAAGAGAUACUUGACGACUCGGAAUAUUCCGACCACCCCAGGAUUCUUCAACGCAAGCGGACGUGCGUAUCCUGAUGUAUCGGCGCUGGGCGCGAAUUUUUAUAUACACAUGCGCGGCAGACUCUCGUCCGUGUCUGGAACAUCAGCAUCUACGCCUGUAAUUGGCGCAAUGGUAACGUUAUGGAACGACGUGCGUUUAAACGCUGGGAAAAGUCCGCUGGGAUUCAUCAAUCCUCUGCUCUACUAUCUUGCAGAGACCCAGUCUGAUGCAUUUCACGAUGUGGUCGUAGGAAACAACGGGGCCGCAGGUAGUGUAAGCAAUUCGUGUGAAGACUCAUUUAGUGCUUCCGCUGGAUGGGAUGCGAUUUCCGGAGUCGGCACGCCCAAUUUUCCGGUUAUCUCCAUGUUCAUACAAACCCUCGAAGAUCACUUCAACGUUUCCCAGCUUGGCAAGUCAAACACUUCCUCCAUGGUCGAUGUGAGCAACGAUUCGGUAACCUCAACGUUCGGAAUUGGCAAAAUGAGCACGUUCACAAUGGUGUUGCUGGUAGCAGCAGUAAUGUCGAACAUCGUAAUCGGCAUCGUUGUAGUUGUCGCGCUGGUGAAGCGGUGGAGAAACCAGUAUACACCACUCGAUGAUGCUGUCUGUGAGAACACCGCCCUCCCCGCAUCUGUUUCGACGACUUCUUCCACAUCUCGCACCCAGCAGUUAGAUUUGGGUACUGAAGAUGAUGUUAAGCUGAGUGAGGUGAACCUGAAUUAA